UUGAUCAAUCAUUUAUACGAUAUGGAAGAACCUAUCAAGUUUGAUAUCAAAGAGGUUAAGUCUGAUCUUUUGCGCGCGAUAAACGAAUGUUCUCAACGUGGAUUAUUGCAUACCACAAAAUGGUUAGCGGAAUUGAGUUAUUCUCUGAAGGACGUCAAGCCAAAUGUUCACGAUAUUACCGCCGAUGUAUACUUAUCGGACACAGAUGAAGAAGAAGACACGUAUAUAUUGGCAAAAACUUAUUUCGAUUUGAAAGAAUACGAUAGGGCGGCUUAUUUUACCGAACAAUGUAAAAGCCCGAAAGUUAGAUUUUUACAUUUAUAUUCCCGCUAUUUAUCAGGCGAAAAGAAGAAGAUAGACGAUAUGACUGUAGUGCCUCCAGAUCCUCUGAAAAAUGAUAGUUUAAAGUUAUUAUGCGCUGAUUUAAGAAAAGAUCAUUUGGAUGAUAAGCUCGAUGGUUUUGGUCUUUAUCUCUUUGGUGUAACGUUAAAAAAAUUGCAACUUACUAGAGAAGCUAUGGAUGUGUUGGUUGAGGCAACUCACAAACAACCUAUGCAUUGGGGAUCAUGGCUAGAAUUAGCUUCUUUAAUUAUCGAUAGAGAAAAACUGGAAAAUCUAUGUCUGCCUAAUCAUUGGAUGAAACAUUUCUUUAUGGCUCAUAUGUAUUUAGAGUUGCAAUUGAUCGAUGAAGGAUUAGCUCUAUAUUACGAACUACAGUCAAUGGGGUUUAAAAAAAAUGGAUAUGUACUUGCGCAAACUGCGAUCGCGGUACAUUAUAGGCGAGAUGUUGAUAACGCUAUAGAGACAUUUAAAAGGAUAAUAAAGGAAGAUCCUUAUUGCUUAGAUAAUAUGGAUACAUAUUCUAAUCUACUUUAUGUAAAGGAAAUGAAAGUUGAAUUAGCAUAUUUAGCUCACAGAGCAACAGAAAUAGAUAAAUAUAGAUUAGAAACAUGUUGUAUAGUAGGAAAUUACUAUAGUUUAAGAGGAGAUCAUCAAAAGGCAGUGAUGUAUUUUCAUAGGGCAUUAAAGUUAAAUCCGCAAUAUCUCUCGGCCUGGACAUUACUCGGUCACGAAUUUAUGGAAAUGAAAAAUACCAAUGGUGCCAUUCAUAGUUACCGACAAGCGAUUGAAGUGAAUAAACGGGAUUACAGAGCAUGGUAUGGCUUGGGUCAGACGUAUGAAAUAUUAAAAAUGCCAUUUUAUGCACUCUACUAUUAUAAACAGGCUCAACUUUUGAGGCCACAUGAUAGUAGAAUGGUACUAGCUUUAGGAGAAGCAUACGAAAAGCAAGAUAAAAUACAAGACGCAUUGAAGUGUUAUUAUAAAGCAUGCAAUGUUGGCGAUAUCGAGGGAAUGGCAUUAUUAAAAUUGGCUACAUUAUAUGAGAAGUUAGGUGAACACGAUCAUGCGGCAGCAGCGUAUACUGAUUUCGUGAUGGAUGAGUUUAGGAAUGCGGACAGAACUGAUUUAAGCCAUGCAUAUAAAUAUCUAACUCAAUAUCAUUUGAAACGAGAACAGUUGGAUCAAGCUAAUCACUAUGCCCAAAAAUGUUUGCAAUUCGACGAAACGAAAGAGGAAGCUAAAGCGCUAUUGAGAACGAUCGCACAGAAAAGAGUAAAAGUUGAAGAGACUUCGAUGGUGGUAGAAGAUAUGAACGAAACGGAUCCUGUUAUCGAACAAGGGGAAAGAACAGAUGCCACUCCAGGAAGCCAGUUAUCACCGAUGAACUUGUCAUUCAUGCCAACGCCGUAAGAUAUGGGAACGAUACCAGGGAAUCGUUGAACUUGUCGCUUUUACAAUGAUAUCACCGAUAGUAAUUGUUCCUCAAAAUGUUAUUUAAAAUUUUCGAGGAAUUAACAUCGAUAGGUAGGUCCAUAAAUUCGGG